AUGGCUCAGGGCCGGCCCAAAACAGCGGCCAAGCGUCCUAAGGCGGCAGCGGUGGCGGCGGCUCGUGGGACUCGGGGCCCGCGGAAGGGAGGCCGCACCAUCGCCCCAAAGAAGCUCCGCGUGAUCCAACAGCAGAAAUUGAAGAAGCGUCUGGAGGUCGGGAUCCGUAUGCGGAUCGAGCGGGAGACCGUGCAGCGCGCGCAGGGCAGCCUCCCCAAAAAGCUGGCCUUGGUCACGGCGCCGUCCCCCGCCAAGGACAAAGCCAAGAAGGGUCGCAGCUGAGGCCCCCCCCCGGGGAACGUCCCCUAAACCCCUCUCCAGUGAUCUCUGCAAGGGUCUGGGGAGCUCUUCUCAGCCGCCAUCGUUCUUUAAUAAAAGGGAUUUGUGGGCGGUGUCCCUCCCACACCCACA